AUGAUUUACUCACCACUUGAGCAAUUCGAAAUCAAACCUUUAUUAACUGUUAAUAACAUAUUAACAUUAAGUGUAAAUAACUAUGUUAUAUACGUAGCAUUAGUUGUAACUUUAAUAUAUAGUUCUGUAUUUUUAUUAAAUAGAACUUAUUUAGGAUUUAAUAGAUGAGGAGUAGCCUUAUUAGCUGUUUAUGAUACAAUUUUAAACAUGGUUAAAUCACAAAUAGGAGCUCGUGGAGGUAUAUACUUCCCAUUUAUAUUUACAUUAUUUACAUUUAUAUUAGUUGCUAACUUAGUUUCAAUGAUACCUUACUCAUUUGCUAUAUCUGCUCAAUUAGUUGCUAUUGUUUCAUUUAGUUUAUCUUUAUGAUUUGGUUGUGUUUUAAUGGGAUUAAGCAAACAUGGAUGAGGUUUCUUUGCUUUAUUUGUACCUGGUGGUACUCCUUUAGCUUUAGUUCCAGUUUUAGUUUUAAUUGAAACUUUAUCUUAUAGUUCUAGAGCUAUUUCAUUAGGUUUACGUUUAUCUGCUAACGUUUUAUCUGGUCACUUAUUAAUGUUAAUUUUAGGUACUUUAAUAUUUAAUUUAAUGGGUUCUUCUAUAUUAGGUUUUAUAGGUGGAUUUAUACCUGUUAUAGGUGUUAUUGCUAUUGUUGUUCUUGAGUUUGCUAUCGGUAUGAUACAAGCUUAUGUAUUUACUAUCUUAUUAAGUAGUUACAUUAAAGACUCAGUUUACUUACAUUAA